ACACUUUUAAGUUUGACAAUUUCUAGCGAGUUCCCGAUAAAUCUAGCUGGAAAAAGACAAAGCGGUACAACUGCUGAAAUUGAUUAAUUAUUAAAAUAAAAAUUACGCCAGAUAUCGUUGAUAAACAUCCGCUGGAGUUCCGAGGCCAAAAUAGCGAGCGAAUCCGCACGAAGCGGUCACAUCCCGCUCAUUCACUUUUUUGCCAAAAGUUGCGAAUCGAGUGGCGCCUGUUGAAAGUACAAAAGUAACUUGCCGUGGGGUAAAGUUCAUAGCACUUUUACCUUUUUUUGUCCCGGAGUUAGUCGGAAUCGGUCGUCAUGGUAGACAACAACAAUCUACGCAGCGCUGUGAUUAACGAAGCGCCCCUGCUGCCGCCCUCGAGCAGUAUCGGAGUGGGUGUGUCCAGCGGCGGAUCUCCGCCAGAGGCAGUGCUGCGCACUCCGUACGGAAAUGUUAGGGCGCUUCCCGGUCCAGCGCAGCCUCCUCCCCUUCCGGUCUCCCCGUUCCAGCAGACACAGCAAUACGGUGGGUUCGGCAGUGGAUACGGUGGAAACAGCUACGGACUAGGCGGUUUCGGUGGAUUCAACAGCGGUGGAUUCGGAUACGGAGGAUUGGGAGGAUUCGGUAGUGGCUACGGAUACGGAGGUGGUUAUGGUGGUGGCUUUGGCGGUGCAUACAACAGAUUCGGAGGCCCAGGCGUCAACGACCCGGAGCAGCGUUUCAUUCAGAUGGCCGAAGCCAGUUCGCGUCCGGCCUUCCAGAGCAUCGAAUCCUUAGUGUCGGCCAUCGGCAACAUCGCCUCCAUGCUGGACUCAACAUUCUUCGCGCUAACAAGCUCGUUUCGGGCCAUUCUUGGCGUGGCAGCGAACUUUGGUCGGCUGCGCAGUGUUUUUGCCCAAUUCUGGACGACAUUUGCCAUUUUCCGAGGAUUGAAUUGGAUUUACAGAAAGAUUCUCUACUGGCUCCGAAUAUCGAAUCUGGAUCCAUCUUCGGAUGCCUUCAAAAAGGCCUUUGCCGAGGCUCUAAACGAAAACAAUCCCCAGGCGGGAGGUGCACCCCAGGCACCGCGAAAGGGCAAUUCACCCUGGCCGGUGUUGGCCUUCAUCAGUUUCAUCUUCACUGCUCCCUAUUUAAUCAUGAAGCUGCUGGGCACGGUGACGAAUACCGCGCAGGAGGAAGCCCGUAAUCCAGCCAAGUGGACGGCACCGAUUCAGACCCAGGCUGUUUACGACUUCGUGGGACGCAGCCAGAGCGAGUUGUCGCUGCGCGCCGGUCAAACGCUCCAUGUGGCCCCCCGCGACAUCCAGCAGACGCUGAACUUACUCAACACCGGAUGGGCAUUGGCCACCACAAACGGACAGACGUCCGGAAUCAUUCCAAUCAACUACGUUAAGUCACCACAGCAGAUGCGACAGGAGAUACAGGACCAAACAAAGCCUGCCCAGCCACAACCCGAACUAAUGGAUCUUUCUGCGGGAGCCUUUGCAUCUCCUCCAUUGGAGCAGCAAAUGAACUACGAUUUCAACCUGGCUGCCCAGCAGCAGGUGCCACUAGGACCGCCCUCCACGACGGAAGCUGUCCUGGGCGAGGGAUUCGCCUGAGCUGACCCUCUACUCUGGGAAUAACCUUUUACUUUAGUUAAGUUCGGUUCAGCUUUUGUAAAUGUACGUCCCUGUAUUUUAAGAUAGCUUUCGCCUUUUGUAUAUUUCCACUUAAUUGUACUUGUUAAUUAUUCAGCGAUCCCAAUGAAAGUAAACACAAACCAUAUGCGUUAA